AUGGAAGAUCUAUCAACAGAAGCUAUAAUUGGAAAACUAGAGACUGAGAAAGACAAAACCAUUGUAGCAGAUGCAUUCAAUUGCAAAUUCUAUUCUCCAUAUAUAGCAUUGAUCCAAGGUUCUGGCUUAUCAGAAAUAGCAUGGUGCAUGGAAUUUUACAGUGCAGGAUAUAGUUGUCUUCCUCCUGGGUCCUAUCUAUCACCAUUAGUAGGAAAACUGCUCACAAAUGACGGGUUGGUUGAUUUCUACAUUUCUAGUGAACAAUGGGCUGUUGAAUUAUUAAUAGGUGGCUCGUAUUCAAAAAUCCCAAUUAAAUCUCACUUAAUAUUGGAUAUCAGAGAAAAAAAAUCACCUUCAAAAACAUAUGUUAAUGUUUGGCCUAUUCUUCCAAAUACUGAUUACAAAAUAUUCUGUGUAGUAAAUAUCAGUCAAGAAGAGUUUUCUAUAAAUGUGGAUUAUAUUGAUGUUUAUGAAACAACUGCAAAAAAAAGAAGACAUAACGUGAAUCAAAGAAAUCUCAAUGAUCUGGUGGAUUCGUUUUCAAGGAAACCAUGA